AUGGACUGUCCGCUAUCACCUUUAUCGCCCUCGAGGCUUAAUUCCCGCCCAUCGCAGCUUCAGUCACUUGCUUCACCACUGUCGAAGAGUCCCAUGGGCGACGUCGAGGACCUAGAUAACUUGUACUACGAUGAAAACACCACCCCGUCAAAACAACCCAGGAACUCCCCCGUCUUUGAUAUCCAUGAAGACCACCAUCAUGACCAGUCCGGCUUCCAGAAUCCUCCUAGCUCUCCUUUUCAAGAUUCAAUAAAUAUCGAGUAUACGGAUCGACUUGACGAGGGUCCUGCUGGAUUCUUCACCAUGGAAGAUAGCUGCCACAUUGAGCCCACACAUGACACACACGAAGAUUACACCGAACAUGACCUGGUUAUGGACGAGCAUGAAAAGCUGCCAGAAGACCGACCAGCUGAUACAGUUGAAGUGGGUAAUAACCACGAAGACGAGAAAAUUGUUGAACCAGAGACUGCACGACAGUCUUUAGCCACAGUGGUUGAGGAGAAUAACCAUGAACACAUGAGCAUCGUCGGUCAUAGAAACGAAGGAGAGAGCUCUAUAUGCGACAGUGUCCACGGUGACAACAGUGUGGGGGAUCACACAAGUCUCAGCACCUUUUCAGCAGUGCCCAAUGCAGACAUGACUCUAUUCUCCAAGCUCAGAAACGACUCUACACUUAAAGGUACCCCGAAUGUUAGAGACCAAAUGUCACAAGUGACUCCUCGAUCAGCAAAACGAGCCUUGAACAGGCGCGAGCCAGGAGCGUCAUCUGGCGAAACAGACUCAUCCAGCUUCCCACGUUCUCCUGUACGCAAGUAUAUGCGCGUUGAGGACAACCCCAACCUUUUAGACUUCACGGACCACAUGGAUGUAUCUACCAACGCUUCACUUGAGAAUCAUAGGUCACCCUACAGGGCUCGACGAAAUUCGACAAGAAAGCCAGGAGAGAAUUUCAGGUCUCCGAACAAACUUUCUCUUCUGGACUUCGACAUACCACCACCUGCCACUCCUCGAUCUAUUCCCUCAAUUACCCCCAGGGAGUUGGAGUCUUUGAAAUCUUCCUUUUUAUCCCAAAUAUCCUCUCUAAAGGCUACUCUCAAUGGAAAAGAUGCGGAAGUCGCUAGUCUCAAGGAGUCCGUCUCUGACGCUGAACGCCGUGUGGGAGAGGCAUUGGAGCAGGUUAGAAAUGAAGCAGCGAAAAAGGAAGCUCUCGAAUCAGAACAAAAUGAAUGGGAAAGAAGAAGCCAGGAAAUGAAAGAUGUGUUGAGAACAGUCAAGACCGAAAUGGCUGACGGUGAGAGAGAAAGGGAAAGACUUACUCAACGGGCGGAAGAGGCCGAGAGAGCCCGAGAAAAGCUGGAGGGAAAGCUGGUUGAGUUGGAAAGCCAACUUUCGGCUGCACCGGAGCAGCAAUGGGACUGGUACACAAGACUCCGCUCAGCCGAUCUAACAGAAGUUCAAGACGCUGUUGAGAGAGUCGCUCGUGAACUACACGCCUUGUACAAGGGGAAGCAUGAGACCAAGGUUGCCGCCUUGAAGAAGAGUUAUGAAGCUCGCUGGGAGAAACGUGUGAAAGAGGGUGAAAACAAGCUGAAAGAUGCCUUGGGGAAAAUCAAACACCUUCAGUCUGAGCUGAACGAGGCAAAAUCUAAACUUGCCGAUGAGGGGGCUGCGCCAGGGGAUGCCACGAUGCUUCGAGAGAACGAAGGCCUAGAGGCUGAAAAACGGGUGCUGGAAGCCCGAAUUAAGGGCCUUGAGCAGGAGAUGAUGUCCCUGAAGCAAGAUAGCGAGGACCUACGCUCCGAACUCAAGGCCGAAAGGGCAGAGAAGGGAGAACUUGUUGCAGUAGUGGACGAAUGGCUUCAAAUGCAGCAGGAUACCCAGCCAGCCCCCGAGCCAACUGAGAAGCCAUGCACGCCGCCCUCCGAGGAACAAAAUGGAGAAGAAGAAAGAAGCGAGGCUGUCCCUAUCUCCCAGCCAACACCAGCUGUAAGCAACAGCAACAUUGGACUGAAGAGCUCUACCUCCUCCCGCCCACGCCAACUUCCUCAAAGUCAUACUCCCAGGAUCCCGCGCUUCGGGGCCCCAGCUGGCAGUAAGAUCGCUGCCAGCGGUAUUGCAGUGGGAAAAACUCCUGGCCGCAGUGGUAUUAUGAGUUCUAUCGAGAGAAUGGGAAGAGGUGGAAACUGA